AUGUGCGGCGAUGAUGGCGAAGCGGCAGGCGGUGGCGGUGUUGACUACACUAACAGCAGCUGCGCUACGGCCAACGACUUUGGCGCUGUACUUAGCACAUCAACGAAUCAACUGCUUAACGAUUGGACUUCCAGCGCCUCCAUAGCCACCGAGAAGCAGUCGCUUGCACACUCACACAUCAGCAACUCACAACCAACCCACCAAUCCCAGCAUCAGCAUCAGCAACAGACAAACUACAAUCACAGCUUUGGCAGCAAGCAGCCAAGUAAGCAACAUUUGUAUGUGAAAGCGAAAGAUGGCUCAUGGUCGGCCGUAUCCUCGGAUGCAUAUCAGUCCUACAAGCUGCAGCAGCAGCAGCAACAGCAAUCGCUAACAGCAGGUGAUAAAUCACAGCAACAGCUAGAAAAACAACAGCAUUCAACUGCAAGUCAUAAUAGUAAUUUUAAUGCUAGCAAUAAUAGUUGUAAUAUGAAUAGUAGUAGUUUAGCAGGGGUAGCUCAGAAAAGCCCGGAUAGUUGCUUGAAUGCAUAUAGCGCCUCGCCGCAGAAGAGUAGCGCCGCUAAGAAUAUUAUUAGUAGUAAUUAUAGUAAUACGCCCGCCGCCGACCACCAAACCGAAACCCAAGCACUCACAGUCUCAGUCACAGCCGCCAACAGCACACCCACACACCCGCAAGCUCAGCUAAGCAUUACUGCUACAACAACAACGUAUUUUAGUAGCUUCGGACCAAGCGAUAGGGUAUAA